AUGCCAGAAAGAAAUCUUAUUUCGUGGACGGCUAUUGCUGCUGGCUAUGCCCAAAAUGGCUAUCUUCAAGAAUCUUACAGCGUGUUCCUGAGAAUGCCCCAUAGAAAUCUUGUCUCGUGGAACGCAAUGCUCCAAGCAAAUGCCGGUGUAGGUCAAUGCGAGGAGAUCUUCUCCACGAUGCCGGAGCGCGACGUUUUCUCGUGGACGGCGAUGAUCACAGUCUAUGGCGAGUUUGAUGAUCCUCACAAAGCAAGGAGGUGCUUUGAUUUGAUGCCGCAUAAGAACGUUGUCUCGUGGAGUGCGAUGUUCCAGGCGUAUGCCCAGCACGGGCAUGCAGAACCCGCUAAGCAAUUGUUUGAAAGGAUGCCUUCUCACAGCUCGAUGACACUAAACUCCGCUCUUCAGCUCCAAAAUCUUUGCGGAAAUGUUCAAGAAGCCAGAAAGUUUUUUGAUUCCAUGCCACUCCAGGAUUCCGUAUCGUGGACUAUAAUGGUUUCGGCGUAUGCCCAAGGCGGGCAUAUCGAACAGGCCAAGAACCUGUUUGAGUCUCUUCCUUGGAAGAGCCUAGCUUGCGAAAAUGCGAUGCUUCAGGCGUACUCCCUCAAUGGCGACCUUGAAAAUGCGAAGCUUGUGUUUGAUCGCAUGACUAAGAGGGACGUUGUCUCGUGGACGACUAUGAUCGGAGCGUAUGCCCAAAACGGGUAUGCCUUUGAUGCGAAAUCACUGUUUGAUCGCUUUGAGCGGAAGAACAUCAUCUCCUGGACAGCCAUGGUCCACGCUUACUCGCAGAACAAGAGCUUUGAUCUCGCGAGAGAGAUGUUUGAGAGAAUGCCGCAGCACGACGUUGUUGUGUGGACAAUCAUGGUGGCGGCCAUCUCCGACAGCGAGAUGAUAGAAAAUGCUCAAGAAUUCUUUCUCGGAGCUCCCCAGAGGAACGUUUUCUUGUGGAACGCGAUGAUCCAAGCGUAUGCCCAGAACGGCCGCCUCCACGAAGCGGAGAAUCUCUUCCAGAAACUCCCCAAGCGCGAAGUCUCCUCGGUCAUCACCAUCAUCACAGCGUAUGCUCAAAACGGGAGAAUCGAUGCUGCGAUCCGAGCUUUCAAGUGUCUCGAAUACCACAGCGCUGUGUGCUGUACGGUGAUGAUCUUAGCCUACGCGCAGAGCGAUCGGUUCCUCGACGCCAAGCGACUCUUCGAAUCGAUGCCCGACUCGGAGAAGACCACCGUGUGUUGCAACGCGAUGCUCCAGGCCUGCGCCAUUGCUGGAGCGGCGAGAGAAGCAGGCGAGCUCUUCGAAUCCAUGUCUCACAGAACUUCCAUCACCUGGACGACGAUGAUCUCGGCCUACGCUCAAGCCGGGGACACGACUAAAGCCACCGAGAUCUUCCAGCGAAUGGACCACCGCACGAACGUCGCGGCCUGGAACGCGCUCAUCGCCGGGUUCGUCCACAACUUAGACUGGCGAGCAGCGAUCAACGUCUUCCUGAAGAUGGACCUCGAGGCCGUCAAGCCAAACUCCAAGACGCUGCUCAGCGUCCUCGAGGCCGGGUCCAUGGUGGCCAGCCUCAAAACUUGCGAGAUCAUCCACUCCUGCGUCGCGGAAUCGGGGAUGGAGCUCCAGACGAUCGUUGCCAACAGCGUGAUGAACAUGUACGCCAAGUGUGGAUCGCCGGGCCGAGCGUGGAAGCUCUUCCAGAGCAUGCCUCACCGGACGGAAGUGUCGUGGAGCAUCGCGAUCGCGGCUUUCGCUCAAAAUGGUGGCUGGAGGAGAGCUCUGGAGAUCGUCCAAGCCAUGGAGCUCGAGGGGGUCAAGCCCAGCAGCGUCACCUUCGUGAGCAUCCUCUCGGCUUGCAGCCAUGCCGGAUUGCUUGGACGAGCACAGGAAUACUUUGCUUCCAUGCGAGCCGACUAUAACGUCUGUCCCAGGGAGGAUCACUAUGUCUGCAUGGUGGAUCUCAUGGGACGAACUGGCCAGCUCCAGGAGGCCGAGGAUCUGAUCGGAGUUAUGCCGGUGGAUAUCAAAGCAUUGUCGAGUGAUCCCGCAACUUGGACGACUUAUCUGGCCGCUUGCAAGAGCCAUGGCGAUGGACCUCGAGCAUCGCGAGCUGGCGAUAGAAUUCGUCGCUUGGAUCCGGAGAAUGCACUGCCGUAUGUUCUGAUAUCGAAUCUACACGCGGAAGCAAGCUGCGGUUGA